AUGAGCUCCCUGCAGGCAGGCCGCAGCAAAAAGUACGCGUCCACCGCGGCGCUCGUGUGCUCGGUGGUGGCGGCGGCCAUCUUCAUCUCGCGGCUGCGACGAAAGGCGCCGGCGGACCGGCCCACGCCGCUGCAUCCAAGCAUCGACUCGGGCCUCACGCGCGGGUCAAAGGACUUUGAAGGCGGGCGGCUCCGCUGCCACUGCCCGUCGGAAAAGGUCGAGGUGCGGCUCGCCGGCAACGUCAGCCACAACCACAUCUGCGGCUGCUCCAAGUGCUGGAAGCCAGACGGCGCCCUGUUCUCGGUCGUUGCGGUCGUCCCGCGCGACCAGCUGGCGGUGACGGCAAACGGCCACAAGCUGCGGGUCGUGGACGAGGCGGCCACCAUCCGCCGCCAUGCGUGCUCGUCGUGCGGCGUGCACAUGUACGGGCGGAUCGACAAGGAGCAUCCGUUCCGGGGGCUCGACUUUGUGCACGUCGAGCUGUCGCCAGAGGUCGGCUGGCAAGAGCCUCAGUUUGCCGCGUUUGUGUCCUCGGUCGUCGAGCAGGGGUUUCCGCCCGAGGACAUGGGCCGGGUGCGUGCUCGCAUUCGCUCGUUGGGGCUCGAGACGUACGACGCUCUGUCGCCGCCUCUGAUGGAUCUGAUUGCGGGUUGGGCGUUUCGGCAGCGGCAGGCGCAGGCGAGGUCUUGA